AUGGCCACCACCACCACCACUACUACCGUCACGGAACCGGACAAUGCGGAACCGUACCCGUCGACUCCACCGCCCAAGAAGGUCGCGUACGAGCUCGCCGCCCGGAACAUCUACUACGCCAAGCCGGCGCCCGCGCCGAGGUCGUUCGCGCGGCUCGUCGCUAGGCCGUGCGGCGCGGCCCCGGCGCCGCCGGACUAUAUCCUCCGUGACGUGUCGCUCACGGCGAAGGCCGGCGAGAUCCUGGCCGUCGUGGGGCCCAGCGGCGCAGGCAAGUCCACGCUGCUCGACAUCCUCGCCGCGCGCACCGCGCCCACGCACGGGAGGCUGCUGCUCAACUCCGCGCCGCUCCGGCCGUCGUCCUUCCGCCGGCUCUCGGCGCACGUGCCGCAGGCGGACGUUGCGCUCACCCUGCUCACCGUCUCCGAGACCUUCGCCUUCGCCGCGUCGCUGCUGCACCCGGAGUCGGCGCCCGCGGCGUCGGCCGCGGUCGCAGCGCUCCUCGCGGACCUCCGGCUAGCGCACGUCGCGCACACACGGGUCUCCCCCGCGCGGCUGUCCGGCGGGGAGCGGCGGCGUGUGUCCAUCGGGCUUGCCCUCCUGCGCAACCCCGGCGUGCUCCUCCUCGACGAGCCGACCUCCGGCCUCGACUCCUCCUCGGCGCACGUGGUCGUCAGCUGCCUCCGCGCCGUCGCGGCCGCCCGGGGCACGACGGUGGUGCUCACCAUCCACCAGCCGAGCGCGCGCCUCCUCUCCGCGGUGGACUCGCUCCUCCUCCUCUCACGCGGCACCCUCCUGCACCACGGCUCCCUCGCCUCCCUCGACGCCGCGCUUCUUUCCCACGGCCUCGUCGUCCCGGCGCAGCUCAACCCUCUCGAGUUCGCUCUGGAGAUCGUCGACCAGCUCCCUCAUCCUCCCCCCUCCACCACCCCUGAGCCCAAGUCGACCCAGGAACUCACUUCGCCGUCGGACCAACGCAAGGCGGCCGCGGCGACGUCGUCGACUGCCUCGCCAUCGUCGAGGCUGCACGAGCUGGUGGUGUUGUACAAGAGGGCGUGGAAGGUGGUGUUCCGCAGCAAGCAGCUGCUGCUGACCAACUUCCUGGAAGCGGUCCUCGUGGGCACGCUGCUGGGGACCAUCUACAUCCACGCCGGCUACGGCGAGGCCGGCGCGCACAAGCGGCUGGGCCUGUUCGCCUUCACGCUGACCUUUCUGCUGACCUCGACGACGGAGACGCUGCCGACGUUCGUGUCGGAGCGGCCGAUCGUGCUUGCGGAGACGGCAGCGGGGUUGUACCGGCUGUCUUCGCACGCGGCGGCCGCCACGCUGGUGUUCCUCCCGUACCUCCUGGCGGUGGCGCUACUCUACUCGGUGUGCGUCUACUUCCUGGUGGGGCUGUGCGCGUCGGCGGGCGCGUUCGCGGCGUUCGUGCUGGUGGUGUGGGCGGUGGUGCUGACGGCGAACUCGUUCGUGCUGUUCGUGAGUUCGUUCGCGCCGGACUACAUCGCGGGGAUGUCGCUGGUGUCGGUGUCCCUGGCGGGGUUCUUCCUCUUCUCCGGCUACUUCCUGCCGCGCGGGAGCAUGCCGUCGUACUGGGUGUUCAUGCACUACGCGUCGCCGUACAAGUACGCGCUGGACGCGCUGCUGGCGAACGAGUACUCGUGCGCGGCGGACCGGUGCUUCGGCGUCGCGGGCGGCGGCGAGUGCUCGGAGACGGGGCGCGACGUGCUGGCGGAGAAGGGGCUCACGGCGGAGGAGCGGUGGACCGGCGUGCAGGUGCUGUUCGGCUUCUUCCUCCUCUACCGGGUGCUCUACUGGGUGGUGCUCAGCCGGCGAGCGUCCAGGGCCAAGAGAUGAGACCUGGCCGGCCGGCCGGCGAGCUCGGCAGCAGGAUCUUGGAGAGGAUCGGAAGCGCACGUCCGUACGUGCGUGUGAACCCGUGCAUGCAAACAACCAGGGUAGCUAGGCAGGUACGUCGAAUUGCUUGUCGACUUGGAGAGAGAAAUUAAAGAGAGAGGGGGAAGAAGAGGUGAUUAUUAACUGGUAAUUACGCUGUCAUAUACUGAUGUAAAUUCUGAAGAUACGACUCCUUUAUAAGUGUGUGUGUGUGUGUGUGAAUUGUGAUAUGAUGGAGAUGGAUGGGGUGAAUAAUUAUGCGUCGUUAACUUAAA